AUGUUUGGGAAUGAUGUAGAGAAGGCACCUGAGCGCAGGCCAUCAUCACUAUGCCCUUCUGAAGACGCCGCCGCCGAGGACCCCCAGAUUCUCCAUCUUACCAUCUCCAAUACAAACGCUCCGCCUCCAAUUUUUGAUCCAAAUACAUUCAACCCGCCGGACGGAGGCUUCACAGCUUGGUCUCAGGUCGUUGCCGUUAUAUUCAUCAACUGCUUGGCAUGGGGCUACCCUGCGUCGUUCGGCGUGUACCAGCUCUACUAUGAGGAGUCACUUGGCCUGCCUUCAUCACAGAUCUCAUGGAUUGGUUCCUGCCAGACAUUCUUGACGUUUGCCUUCUGCGCCCCGGCUGGUCGUCUUGCCGAUGCUGGAUAUACCAGGGAGACCGUUGCAGUUGGAAGCUUCUUGGCCAUAUUCGGAACAUUCAUGACAAGUCUAUGCCAUGAGUACUGGCAAAUAUUCCUCUGCCAAGGUGUCUGCACAGGUAUUGGCCUCGCUCUCCUCUUCAUGCCCGCCGUGACAGUUCUGGGCUCUUACUUCAAGGCGAAGAAAGCGUUUGCUCUGGCACUAGGCGCGAUGGGCACUGGCUUGGGAUCUAUCAUCUUUCCUGCCACUCUGCAGUAUCUCAUUCCGCAGGUCGGCUUUCCGUGGGCUGUUCGAUGUGCCGCUUUUGUCGCUCUCGUCAUGAUAGUCACAGCAAACAUCAUGUUGAAGCCAUAUCUCCCGCCAAGAAAGACAGGCCCGCUGAUGGAGUGGGAGGCUUUCAGGGAACUGCCAUUUCUUUUGUUUGUCCUGGGUGCGUUUCUGAACUUCUAUGCCUUGUACUUUGGCUUUUUUUAUAUAAACGUUUAUGCGCGAAACGUCAUUGGCUUCACAUCCGUCGAAGCUGUUAGCUUGUUGCUCAUAGUUAACGCCAUGAGUAUUCCUGCACGACCCAUAAUGGGCUACCUUGCAGAUAAUGUGCUAGGACCGAUAAACACAUUCAUUAUCGGCCUAUUUGCGCUCAGUAUCAUGGUGUAUUGUUGGAUAGGGGUCACGAGUGCCGCAGGCAUGUAUGUCUUUUGUGUAUUCUUUGGCUUCGUCAAUGGCGCAUGUCAGGGAACCUUUGUAGGCGCAAAUGCUAGUUUGACAAAGGACCCUCGUAAGAUGGGCACGCGCUUUGGUAUGGUUCAGACUAUCUCUGCCUUUGCCAGUUUAGCUGGACCUCCAACUGCUGGUGCCAUUCUUGAUACUUCCAAUGGGAAAUUCGUGUAUGCGCAGAUAUGGGGCGGUACUGUGUUUUUGUUUGGCGCCCUCAUGAUUGUGGCGUCCAGAAUUGCAUCAACAGGGUGGGUGCUAAUGAAGAAGAAGUAG